UAUUAUUUCGAAUCUGAAACUUCUAGCAUGCUUUUUAAUGAGUUCGACGCAUUCCUUCCGUCCGUGACCUUCGCUGCCUAGCAACCGUCCCUGGUGACGUGUUUUUCCGGAAACACGUAGGUAAACCUGAUCGACCAAUCGCUGGUCGACUCUUUGAAUACAAGACGGGUACCAUGGCAACGAGUGAACACAAACACAUCAACUUUGAAAUCAGCUGCCAGUAAAGCAGUAUUUAUUGCAAUUGGAGUUUUAAAUGAGCCGGUUUUUACACGUUCGUUUUGGAAAAAGUGUCUUAUUUGUUUUAAUGGCCUCUCGAAGAACUAAAGAACCCGAAAAUGUGACUUUAAACUAGCAAAUUAGGGAUUGUAAAGGAAAUCUUGACGAUUUUUGCGACUUAAAUCGUUGGAAAGUUUUCAAAUUGAGACCCGGUAUAUUGGAAAAGAAGAGCAUUCUACAGGGUGACCAAGGUGGUAAAAUUAUUUGAAAAAGCUGGCCAAGUAUCUAUGUUGUAUUAUCUUUACUAUGUUGUGGCCACCGCAUUUCUUUCCCUGAUAUCUAUUUUGGAACCGAUGUAUGAUAAGCACAGAGUUUUUUCGGGAAACGCUACGGUUUCCCCCGGAAAAACGCCUCUGCCCUUGUGGUUUCCUUAUGAUGUCCAGGCGCAUUAUUGGGCAAGUAAACUGGUGCUAAUGGCUAUCGAAAAUGCGACUAAAGACUGAUUUAUAGGAGACAUUUUUCCUGACAAUUUUGCUAGUUUGGGCAGUGGUGCUUUUUCAAGUCGGAAUGGACGUUCUGUUUUUCUACUUUAUCCGAAGUCCGGUUAUUCAGUUGGAAAUUCUGCAUCAUUAUUUGAAACAUUUCAAUUAUUACACUGCACGGAUUAGUGUGGAGCCAGGAAACGUUGCAUCCAACAUCAUGAUGAAAAAGUGCAUCGAAAUGCAUCAAAAAGUUAUCAAGUUUGUGGACAUUUUCAAUGAGAACUUUAGCAACAUUAUGGUGUUGGAUUUUGUUCAAUCGUCCCUUCGCCUUGCUUCUAUAUGCGUCGUUAUAACAAUGACUGAGUCAGUUACAGUGUCUAGUUUCGGUUUUACGCUAAUUUACUUAUGGAUAUCAAUAAUAAGGGAAUAUUAUAUUUACCAUUCAGGAAAUGAGAUAAUUUUCUUGAGCUCGGAAUUGGUGCACUCGGUAUAUGAGACAGAUUGGCACGAAGAAAACCGCCAAUUUAAAUAUAUGGUCGCAAUGUUUAUGGUAAGGGCUGGCAAGCCCUUAAACAUAAAAAUUGGCCCUUUUGGUAGCUUAGGCUUGCCCGCUUUCCUCUCUGUAACCGUUCGAACACGCAGAUUUAACCAUUUUUUAACCACUUUUCUUCAGAUUCUGCGAGCCAGUUUUUCGUACUUUUCACUUGUGACUGGAACUCAACAGUUAUAAAUUACUCCACAAAAACUCAUCGUCGAAUCGUCAGUAGACGAAGGAGAAACCCACACAAAUAAUUGUACUAAUUGACACUAAGCACUAAUAAUAUUUUCAGAAUAUGAUAGUUUUAGCGUUAAGUGUUGCAAGGGUUUAGCUGAUUGGGGUGAAUAAAGCACAGAUUUUUUAUAACAAAAUCUAA